AUGGAUUUUGAUCCGCUCUCGUUGUUUACCCCACAAGCUUCUAACGAACAGGAUGAAGUACUCGAAGUCGUCGAUGUCGUCGAUAUGACCGACGACAUCCUCAUUUCCGACGACGACUCGCACCUCCAGCCAUUGCACAUUCUUGAUCUUCCUCUUCUCCAGCUCAAGCCCAAUGGCGAAGCGUUGCUCACGAUAUUAUGUAUGCUUGCACCAAACCAGGUGUACAAUUUCUCCAACGACAACUCGAUUACUGACGAGGCAGAGACCAUCGAUGUGAAACAAGCAUUCGAAGAUAAAGGCUUGCAAGAAGCGACCAUCGAAGAGGGCUUGAAAUGGCUCAAGAUCAACUGUCCUAGGUUCGAUUCCAAGGUCAAGGUUGCGUGUAUUCCCAACUUGAGCGAGGCAUUGCGCAAGCAAUACGAGGGUGAGUAUAAUGGCUAUUUGACCAGAAUCAUCUCCAACGACUUACUGUGGAUUGAGGACGAAGAUAUCAAGGCUCGGAUCUACAAAGAAACGGCAUUGAGAAUAAGCGAAAAUUGCGGGCGUACAGCACAGCCAGAGAUCGUCAGAAAAAUUGCCAUUGCCAAUUUGGACAAGUACUUUUCCAGCGAAAGUGGGCCCUACAUCAAAUUGAAGGAACCCUCGUUGACUAGCGAUAAUUUGGGGCUAAAGACUUGGGGCUCGUCGUUGAUUUUGGCCAACAGGCUCGUCAACAACGACAAAGACUAUAUCUUGGGCGAGGUGCUCGAAUUGGGCUCGGGAACGGGGUUGGUGGGGAUUGUCAGCUCCAUUCUUGGCCACAACACCACCUUGACAGAUUUGCCAGAAAUUACCCCCAAUCUAAAGGUUAACGUCGACUUGAACAAUAUUCUGCAUUCACAAGUCCAUGACUUGGACUGGACUGAUCCUAGCUCGUUCGUUCAAAAAAUGGGAAACAUCACAUAUCACACCAUCCUCAUCAGUGACCCGAUAUACUCGUCGAAACACCCCUACUGGGUUGUCAACAUGAUCAAUCAGUUCCUAAGCAGGGACAAGAGCGCUCGUGUGUUGAUCCAAUUGCCGUUGCGGCCCAAGUUCGAAAAUGAAAGAGAAACCCUCUGGAAACUAUUUGAUGAAAAUGGAUACAUCGAGGAGGAAAAAGAGAUCGAAGAUGGCUACGAUGAUUUUGGGGAGAUGAAGUUCUGCUUCAAGAAGUACACUCGAGGCGAAACUACGGACAGUAAAUAA